UUCUUUUUGAGGUUAGAGUCCAAGCUGUAUCCAUGGCUCCAUCUCAACCGUCAAACAUCAUUUUCAAUGUAUGAUGGGUUUGAAGGCCGAGGGAUUGUAAUCUGUGCUGGGAAUGGUCAAUUUGAAUAUCUGAUUUCGUCUGUUCAGGCGAUCCGAAGGUUGCAACCCAAGAUGCCAAUCCAGAUCUUCCACAUGGGUCCCAAAGAUCUGUCAGUUGAACGGAGGAAGUACAUUACAGAGAUGACAAAUGAUAUUGAGACAGUCGAUAUCUUUGAAAUCCUUGAUAAUGAAUGGAUGCAUUUGGGGGGCUGGUCCAUCAAAGCAUUUUCUAUCUUGGCUUCACGAUUCAAGGAGGUGAUCAUGAUCGACUCUGACGCGUAUUUCUUGAGGGAUGUUGCGGAACUCUUUGAGGAUCCUGGUUACAAGCUCACAGGAACGCUCUAUUUUUAUGACAGAACACUGUUCCCUAAUUGGAAGAAAGGGCCGAAUUGGAUGCGGACGUUUUUACCCAUCAUGUCGAGUUUUCCUCCAACGACGCGUAUGUUCCGAGGCCUAUCCAUGCAUGAACAAGAAUCUGGGGUAGUGGUUGUGAAUAAAGGCACCAGACUGCUGGGCUUGCUGGCUACCUGCAAGAUGAAUAGCCGGUGGGAGCGUAGUAUGUACACGUACGAUAACUUUUAUGGUGAUAAGGAAUCAUUCUGGGUUGGAUAUGAAAUGGUUCAAGAACCCUAUGCGUUUGUAAAAUCAUAUCCCGGGGUGAUUGGUGAGAGGGAAGAGUAUCCUCUCAAGAAUGAUGGAUCACAACCUCAGACGGUCGCUGUCUGUGGCACACAACUUCACCUAGAUUACCUUGAACGGCCCAUGUGGUGGAAUGCAGGACUGAUGCGUAACAAGAACUCUAGGGACCGACGCAUACUUGACUUUGGAUACUGGAUGGCUGGC